GUGGUGGACUGUGAGUUUGUCCCCUUUCGCAUCUUGAUUUUCUUUUGUGUUGUUGCGCUUCUUGGGAUCUUUGUCGAUGAAGUCGUAGGGUUGAUAUAUCAUCCGUAUAACACUUCGGGAUCUUUCUGACCAGUGUGUUUCUGGUUUAAAAAUUAUCCUUUUUGGAUCUUUGUUUCUCCAGAAAUCAUACAUAUUGGGUAUAAAUUGUAGUCAAAUUUGGAAUUUUUUUUAUAGUUUGAAAAUCGUCAUUUCUUAGGUCUGUGAAUCAUGAGAUUUGAAAUGAAUAUCUUUUGUCUGGUAAUUGCAAUAUUUCGAUGAGCUUUAGGAGAUUGAUGUUUCUGCUUAUUUGAGGAUGGCAAAGUCAAGGUUACCAUUGCCUUUGAUACGAGAGCGAGACCUGUUGAGAACUCAGGAGAUCGUUCUGCGUUGUGCUUUAGCGUCUUCAAACAUUCUGAGGAAGAGAUGCAUCUGUGGCCAUCAUUGAAACUUCGAAAUUCCUUCAAGGGAAAUAGCCAGCAGAGAUUCCAGAGGAUGAACAGCGGGAAACAAACUCAAAGCAACCAGCAGAAACUCCUCUGCAGAAGGGACAAAGAAUCUGGCCCCGAGAUCUCAUCUGGUGGUUUUGCUGUUGUUGUAUGCAGAGAUCUUGCCAUGAUUCUUUCUUGCUGCUUCUGCUGUUUCUGCUGCGGAGCUUGCAUUGACGAGGAAGAGAAUUGAUGCAAGCUUCCGCUGGAGGAGUAAGUGAAAAAUAUUAGCCUCAGAAAAACACAGUCUCUCAAAAUGUAACUAGAAAUAUUGUUUCUACCCAAUCAAUUUUAUAUAGGAAAAUAACUUAUCUU